AUGGAGCGCCAGAUGAUAUAUCACACCCGCUCGCUCUCGCAGCGCAUCAUCCAGUCCUCCACGCGCCCCAUCCGCUCACACUCAAUCGCAUCGACCUGCUCGGCAGCAUCGCAGCGAUCAUGCACAAGUCUCCGCCCAUCCUCCAGCCGCAGUCUGCACACCACAGCGCCGGUCUUGAUGCAGUCCAGACCCCCAAAGUCCCGCGAACGCGGCCCCAAGAGCGAAGAAGACACGCAAACGGACUUCAAUGCGCUCGAUGUGCUACGUAACACCGCGGCGCCGGCGACGAGCAUCGACGCGACGACGCCUGAUGGGUUUGCGCUUAAUAACCAAAUGCGCGUUAGUGGGUGUGGGUUGCUGCUUGUUGGUGGUGAGGCAUUUAGAUGGUGGCCGUGGGUGCGUGAGGGGCGGAAGGAGGGCACCACCGGUGAGGGAGCGGGCGAGGAUAGUAUAACGGGGCGGCUGAAGAAUAAGAAGGGGCAGUGGGAGGUCAAUGAGGGCGGGUGGGGGAUUCUGGAGCUGGUGUGGCCGAAGCCUGAUAUCCUCAUCAUCGGCACUGGGCCCUCUGUACUUCCCCUCGCGCCUGCCGUCCGAACGUACCUCAACGGCCUCGGUAUUAGGUUGGAAGUCCAGGAUACACGAAAUGCAGCAGCACAGUUCAAUCUGUUGGCAACGGAGAGGGGUGUGGGACAAGUUGCCGCUGCGCUGAUACCGACGGGUUGGAGAGAGGGAAGAGGAAUUGUCGCCGGUGACUGA